AAGGUGGGUCCCUACCAAAUCCGGAUAGUAAAAAUCCACGUCCAAACUUCAAAAGCUAAAACCUCAGACAGAUAGAAGACUGUUCUGAUUUUAACAAGAAGAAGAAGUUUUUCAAUUUAAUGUUCCCAAUUACCACCACUUCCUCGCUUUCUUUCCCUUCAACUCCCACUUCCUUUCGCUGCUACGCCGCCUCCGACCUACCCUCCAGCCAGGGUCCCACUUUCCUCAGGUGGCCUCACUUCCCCUUGGCUGCUGAUAUUAGCAUCCGGGUCGGUCCGGAAUCAUCCGAUGGACCCGUUACUGGUGCUGCUGGAAUUGGAAACGGCGGCGUUAAAGUUAAUGCGAAGGAGAAGAAUUGGUCGAGAAAUAGAGAGAGUUACUUGACUGAUGACAGUGAUCCUCUUCCUCUUCCCAUGACUUAUCCUGAUUCUUCUCCUGUUUCUCCUCAGGAGAUUGAGAAGCGCUUGCAAUGUGACCCAGUAUUUCAGGAUUGUAAGGAAGUUGUGUAUGAAUGGACUGGAAAGUGUCGAAGUUGUCAAGGGUCAGGAUAUGUCAGCUACUAUAAUAAAAGAGGGAAAGAGACUGUCUGCAAAUGCAUACCUUGCCUUGGAAUUGGUUAUGUGCAGAAGAUAACAGCUCGAAAGGACAUUGAAGUAAUGGAGGAUUUAGAUAAUGGAAAGCCGCCUUGACCUGAAACUUUUUUUUAAACUUUAACUCGGGAAUAUGAUUCGUUAUAACGGAAG